AACACUGGAGCAUAGCUGUGGGAACGGAGACCAACUGUCUGAAAUGAGUGCAUCCUAAUAGUGGUUCUCAAAGAAACACAAACGCUUGCUCAAAAGCUCAAGGGCACCCUGAUGAUGGAUCUCCAAGACAACCUGAGGGCAAACCUGUCGGUGUACCGCGUAUCGGACGAGGGAGAAACGGCCAUAGGAAUCUAUCUACUCAUACUGGGGUGGCUGUCUUGGCUUGGCAAUGGGGUGGUGAUUUUACUGUUGACCAAGCGGUUGCACACACUCCAAGCCCAGGACUUUCUCACCCUCAACCUGGCCUUAUCUGAUGCUGGGAUUGCUAUGUUUGGAUACUCCCGGGGCAUCCUAGAGGUCUUCAACGUCUUCAGGGAUGAUGGGUAUCUCUUCCAAACCUUCUGGACCUGCCAGGUGGAUGGCUUCCUAAUUCUGCUCUUUGGCCUCAUCAGCAUCAACACGCUGACAGCCAUCAGUGUCGUUCGCUACAUCAAAGGAUGCCAGCCGCACCACGCCCACCACAUCAACAGGUUUAACAUCUUCAUUGCGAUUGGUGUCAUCUGGCUCUCCUCCCUCUUCUGGUCAGGAGCUCCACUGUUUGGAUGGGGGAGCUACAAAGCCCGCAGGUACGGCACGUGUGAGAUCGACUGGGCGCAGGCCAGGUUCUCCGUGGCCUACCGGCUCUACGUCAUCCUCAUCUUCCUCUUCAACUUCUUCCUGCCCAUUUCCGUCAUCGUGUUCACUUACGUGUCCAUCAUGCGCAUGGUCAGCGCCAGCCACAGGAACUGCCAGGGGAAGGUCAGCGAGCGGCAGAAGAAGAUCGAGAGAGGCAUAACACAGGUGUCUCUGCUGCUGUGUGCGGCCUUCCUGCUGGCGUGGUCACCGUACGCCGUCAUCUCCAUGUGGUCAGCACUGGGCUACCAAGUGCCGCCGCUCACCGGGCUCCUGGCCAGCCUCUUCGCCAAGUCGGCCAGCUUCUACAACCCCUUCAUCUACAUGGGCCUCAGCGCUAAGUUCCGCACUGACCUGGCCGAGCUCUUCCACUGCCUGCGCCGGCCCCUGGAUCGCCUGGGCCACGGCUCGCCGGUCCCGCAGGAGGACGGUAGGGAGGGCCGGGGUGGUGGUGGUGGCGGCGGUCACCGCCCGCUGGGCUUGGCGCCGGACAAGGUGCAGGUCAACCUCGAUCGCUUCAAGGAGUCGGUGCCCGGGGACGAGACCCUCCUUGACAGCGGGCUGGACUCUGGGGUGGAGUUGGGCCGCAGCUGGAGUGACAGCGGCGCGCCCCCGGAGAGGGAGGCGGGCGUGGGAGGAGAGAACGAGGAGCGAAGGGUGGGCGUUGAGGGGGAGAGGGAGCAAGUGGAGAUGGGAAACCCCCAGACAGACUAUCAGCGGAGCCCCCUGGUGGGCCCCAGUGGUCCCCCCACUCUUCACAGCUUCAAACGCCGACCCAGCAACACUGGGCGCCUGUGA